UAGCUGUUAUUACGUUGCCAACAAACGGCGCCACAGCUCACACGCUUCCCUCGCGGCGCACCGACACAUACCAUUUAGGCCUAUUCGCAUCUAAAUUACCCGGCAGUAACGAAAUUCCGAUGGCCAGCAAUCCACCAACCACCACCAGCAAGGUGAAACCUCCAACGCUGUCCUCAAUGUUUACGCUGUUCGCCAAGUACCGUCCGACGCUGAACUCCUUCCAAGGCGAUGGAAAACGCAUCCUGCUAUCGCAAAGUGACUACUGGAUGCAACAGGCCAACCUGAUCGGGCCCAAACAUUUCACCCUCACCCAGACGGGGUUAAUAUUUUUCGAGUUUAGAAAGUCUACCCUGGACUACGACGAGUACCUGCAGUUCCUGGCGCUGCUUUGCAACGAAAAGCAGAUCAGUGUGGAGGAGGUGAAGGAAAAGUUAACCAACUGUGGGCCGCCCGGUAUCACUUCCUGACAGUUUGGAACGCACACGCUAAUGUCGUACCUGAGCAGCAUCCUGGACGAUCGUGAAAGUACGCAGGAAUGUGGCCUGUCUGUAGUAGGCUAGCGGAUUACCAGUUUGCACCACAAGUUACCAGAAUGUGUAAGCAUUCUUCCUUUCAUUCUUAAAUGGAGUGGAGUUCCAAAGCCAUCCGAUCGGUUAUUGUAUCUAAAUUGCCUUUAUUUCUGCUUCAUGCAUUAUACAGCUCUCGGCCAGAGCUCGUCACCUACUA